GAGAGAGAGAGAGAGGGGUGGGGGAGAGCGGAGUUGUCUUAUGGUUCUUUUCUGUGGCUGCAGUUGAUGCAGCAGAAGGGGAGGGUUAAUAAUCGCCAGUCUCGGAGCUUCUCUAGAUCUCGCCUCGCCGUCGAGGGAUCUUAACCAUCUCGAAUUCCCUGCAUUCCGCAGCAAGAAAGAGAGAUUAUUGUCAUUAAACAAUGUCUUCUCCUACCAAUGCCGUCGUCAAUGGGGGAGAGGAGCGCGAGGUCCAGAAGAUCUACUGGAUAGAGCACUCCAAGGAACUCACUGUGGAGGCGAUGAUGCUCGACUCCCAUGCCUCUGAACUCGACAAAGAAGAGAGGCCCGAGGUCCUGUCUUUGCUUCCACCUUACAAGGGAAAGUCAGUCUUGGAGCUAGGGGCUGGCAUUGGUCGUUUUACUGGCGAACUAGCUAAAGAAGCUGGUCAUGUUCUGGCUUUGGACUUCAUUGAAAGUGUGAUUGAGAAGAAUGAGAGUUUGAAUGGGCACUAUAAGAAUACAAGCUUUAUGUGUGCUGAUGUAUCAUCUCCAGACUUGUCUAUUGAAGCAGAUUCUUUUGAUCUGAUAUUCUCAAAUUGGUUACUAAUGUAUCUUUCUGAUAAAGAGGUGGAAAAACUGGUGGAAAGGAUGGUAAAAUGGCUGAAGGUUGGUGGUUACAUCUUCUUUAGAGAAUCUUGCUUCCACCAAUCCGGUGACUCGAAAAGGAAAGUCAACCCAACACAUUACCGGGAGCCAAGUUUUUAUACAAAGGUUUUUAAGGGGUGCCAUGCGUAUGAUGUCCAAGGAAACUCCUUUGAACUUUCUCUUAUCACAUGUAAGUGCAUUGCAGCUUAUGUGAAGAACAAGAAAAAUCAAAAUCAGAUCUGUUGGAUAUGGCAAAAAAUCAAGUCAGAUAAUGACAGGGGUUUCCAGCUAUUCUUAGACAAUGUACAAUAUAAAAGCAGUGGAAUUUUACGAUAUGAGCGCAUCUUUGGAGAUGGUUUUGUGAGCACGGGAGGAAUUGAGACUACGACAGAGUUUGUGGCAAAGCUUGACCUUAAGCCUGGACAGAAGGUCCUUGAUGUUGGAUGUGGCAUUGGGGGAGGUGACUUUUAUAUGGCUGAGAACUUUGAUGUAGAAGUGGUUGGGAUAGAUCUUUCGAUAAAUAUGAUAUCCUUUGCACUUGAACGUGCAAUUGGACGCAAAUGCUCAGUAGAGUUUGAGGUUGCUGACUGCACAAAGAAAACAUAUCCAGAUAACACAUUUGAUGUUAUAUACAGCCGUGAUACAAUCCUUCAUAUACAGGAUAAACCAUCAUUGUUCAAAGGCUUUUUUAAGUGGUUGAAACCAGGGGGUAAGGUUCUUAUUAGUGAUUACUGCAAGAAAUCAGGGACUCCGUCAGAAGAUUUUGCAGCGUAUAUUAAGCAAAGAGGGUAUGAUCUCCAUGACGUCGAUGAUUAUGGCCAGAUGCUAAGGGAUGCUGGAUUUCAUGAAGUCAUUGCCGAAGACAGGACAAAUCAGUUUUUAGAGGUUCUUCAGAAGGAACUGGAUGCUGUCGAGAAGGAUAAGGAAGCAUUCAUACAUGAUUUCUCACAGGAAGACUAUGACGAGAUUGUGAGUGGCUGGAAGGCAAAGCUUAAGAGAAGUUGGACUGGUGAACAGAGAUGGGGCCUGUUCAUUGCGAAAAAGAAUUGAAAUGGAACUACAAGUAACUUGCUAACGUGGUGCCCGGGUUUAAUGAUCUCUGUUCAUGAGAAAAGCUUUAUGUUCAGCUACUUGAACUUUAUUUCAGAAUUAUGUUCAAGCUGAAUUAAUCUGCCCUAAGACUGGAUGCUGUCAGUCAACCCCAGGAUUCUUAUAUGUAGUAAUUGAAGUCCCUGAGACUGUGUGCUGUUAGUCAACCCCAGCAUUGUUAUUAUGUCUACUAUUUGAAGCAUGCUAGCUGAUGGAAUCUAGUACAAUGCCUCUUAAUAUUUUCUUCUUUUUCUUAUUAAUGCACUUUGAAAUUAUGAACUGAACUUUUCCGGCAGCAA